CAAAAAAAUUAAUGUAUUGUGAAAUUGCAAAUUUGAAAUUAAACGUGUUAUUUAAAUAAGUUAUUUCUAGUACUACAUUACUAGUUGAAUAGCUUGGUUUAACGAAUCAGCGCCAUAUUAGUCAAAGGCAAGCCAUCCGUCAAAUAGGCAGAAAAAGAAAAAGAAGAAGUACAACAACUAACAUUUAAACAAAUAUAUAAAUUUUAAUCAAAUUUCUCGCUUAAAAAUCUAAAAUAUUCCAAAAUGGAAGUUGAUGAGGAUAUGUCAUCAAUAUGUGAGUCCACGCUAUCAUUGUCAGAAGGAUGUCGCUUACCUGUUCGAAUGAAUGGAACUGACGAUUGGCCAUUAGCUGAAAUAAUCAGCAUUCGUGAAAUACAGGGGCUGUUAUUGUUUUAUGUUCAUUAUGUUGAUUUUAAUAAACGUCUUGACGAUUGGGUACCAGAAGAAUAUCUGGACACUAGAAAGGUUCAAUUUCCACGCAAGGAUGGCACAACCACUGGUCAAAAUACGGGAGUUACGACACCUAAACGAUCUAUAUCAAAUUCGAUGGGACCUCUUGGGUCUAAUUCUACAACAUCACGACCAACCAGUCCAAAGGCGGAAAAUGAAAAUGAUUUGGUUAAUGGGAAUACUGUGAUGGCGGCAGCAAUUCAAAAGAAAAUCAACCGCAAACGAAAAAUGGAUGCUAUUCCACCGUCUCCAAUAACACCGAUAACACCAAUAUCGGCCCGACAACAAUCGGCCAUUUUGAAAUCAACGCCAUCCAUUGAGAAGAUAACGGCAUCGGAACCUGUAUCGAUUCCAACCACACCAGCGGUGGCUGGAGGUGAAGAUUCGAACGAUGCUAGUCAACCACCGCCUACAUUAACACCACGACAAUCAGGAAGUAUGGUCACACAUCAUGAUGAUGUCGUGACGCGAAUGAAAAAUAUUGAAAUGAUAGAAUUGGGCAAACAUCGAAUAAAACCGUGGUAUUUUGCACCGUAUCCGCAGGAGAUGUGUGGUGAGCCCUGCAUUUAUAUUUGUGAAUUUUGUUUGAAAUAUCGGAAAAGUCGAAAAUGCUUAGAACGUCAUUUGGUCAAAUGUAAUCUGCGUCAUCCACCAGGUAAUGAAAUAUAUCGCAAGCAAACGAUUUCUUUUUUCGAAAUCGAUGGUCGCAAAAAUAAAUGUUACGCACAAAAUUUGUGCUUACUCGCUAAGUUAUUUCUCGACCAUAAAACGCUCUAUUAUGAUACGGAUCCUUUCCUAUUUUACGUGAUGACUGAAUAUGAUCCACGAGGCUUUCACAUUGUUGGCUACUUUUCAAAAGAGAAAGAAAGCACCGAAGAUUAUAAUGUUGCCUGUAUUCUGACAAUGCCACCAUACCAACGAAAAGGUUAUGGCAAAUUGCUUAUUGAAUUUAGUUACGAAUUAUCAAAAUUUGAAGGAAAAACGGGUUCGCCAGAAAAACCAUUAUCCGAUUUAGGAUUAUUGUCAUAUCGCUCAUAUUGGGCUCAAACUAUUUUAGAAAUAUUUCUUAGUCAAAAGCCAUUGGGGGACAGUGAACGUCCUCAAAUAACAAUCAACGAGAUUUGCGAACUAACAAGCAUAAAAAAAGAGGACGUGAUAUCGACGUUACAAAAUUUAAAUCUAAUUAAUUACUAUAAAGGUCAAUAUAUAAUUUGUAUAAGCAUGGAGACAAUAAAACAACACAAGAAAUCAAUGGAAAAUAGAAAAAUUCGCAUAGAUCCCAAAUGUCUACACUGGUCCCCAAAAGAUUGGUCAAAACGAUCAAAAUGGUAGGUAUUAAAAUAUGACUCAAAUUCCAUAGCAAAAAGGGAACGGUCAACAUAGUUUUUUUUUUUUUUCGAAACUGUGUUUAAUUCAAUAGUAAAAAAAAGUUCGAAAAGUGAAUUUUUGAAUUGAAUUGUAAUAGAUUUACAAAAUGUGAAUAAAUGUUAAACGAGUGAAGAGUGUUUGGUA